CUGCUGGUGGCGGCCGGGGGCGCCGCGGGUUCCGUGCUGCGCUAUGGCGCGGGGCGACUGGCGGCCCAACUCCUGGGCGCGGACACGGUGGUCGGUACCUUUGCCGUCAACGUCAUCGGGUCUUUCGCUCUGGGCGUGCUGGCAACAGUUUUCAUAACGCGAACCGAGUGGCCGCUGGAACUGCGCGCCAUGUUGACCGUCGGCCUGCUGGGCGGCUUCACCACUUUUUCCACCCUGGCCUACGAUGGCGUGCGGCUCAUGUCCGGCGGAGAGCUUGGUCGCGCCGGCAUCUCAAUCGCCGCCAAUCUCGCCAUUGGCCUGGCUGCUGCCUACGCCGGCAAAGCUAUGCCCGUAGACUAUUACGAAACCCUCGGCGUCGACCGGGGAGCCAAUGAAGAAGAGAUCCGCCGCGCCUUCCGCAGGAAGGCGAUGGAAUUUCAUCCCGACCGGAACAAAACCCCCGGCGCCGAGGACACGUUUAAGGAAAUCAACGAAGCCUAUCAGGUCCUCAGCGACCAGGAAAAGCGCACGCGCUAUGACCGUUUCGGCCACGCCGGCGUAAACGGCGGCGGCGACCAGCCAUCUGACGGCUUCGAUCCGUUCGGCGGUUUCGGCGAUAUUUUCGACACCUUUUUCGGAGGUGGGGGGCGUACCGCCAAUCAGCCGCGGAGCGGAGAGGACAUCAGUCAACGGGUCAACCUGACCUUUGAAGAGGCGAUAUUCGGUUGCGACAAGGACAUCGAAGUCAAUCGGGUGGAGCCUUGUCACCACUGCUCCGGUGGCGGUAACGAGCCCGGAACCGCCAUCAGCACGUGCCGCACAUGCAACGGCAGCGGCCAGGUGCGGCGCGCUCAGCGCAGCGUGUUCGGUCAGUUUGCGGUUACCACUCCUUGUUCCAGCUGUAAUGGCAACGGUCGCUCCAUUGAGACUCCUUGCACCAACUGCCGCGCCCGGGGCUUCGAACGGCGUCGUCGUACCAGGACAGUCACCAUCCCCGCCGGUGUCGACAACGGCAUGCAGGUACGUAUCACCGGCGAGGGUGACGCGGGAGGACACGGUGGGCCGCCCGGCAAUCUUUACGUCCAGAUACAAGUACGAGAGCACUCGCUUUUCGUUCGGGACGAUUCCGACCUGGUUUACCGCGCAUCGCUCAAUAUGGCUGAAGCCGCUUUGGGACUGACCAAGCUCAUUCCUACGUUGGAAGGCGACGAUGUAGACUUGGAAAUACCGGCAGGCACCCAAUCCGGCAGCCAGUUCCGCGUUCGUGGGCGUGGCGUCCCCCGCAUCCGUCGCGACGGAAGGCCCACGGAUCGCCGCGGAGACAUUCGCGUGUUGGUCGAGGUGGAUAUACCGUCCAGGCUGAACAAGUACCAGCGACAAUUGGUCGAGGACUUGGCUUACUCCUUGGCCAAUGACGGCAAGAAGCCUCCGCCGCCCCCGCGCAAAAAGCGUGUCAGCAGUCGCAAGUCGGUCACAAACGACGCUGAUGAACCGGAAGAGCCGGCCAUCGACGCCAGUUCGGAACCGGAAGAGCCGCAAAACGACGACAGGCAACGCGGCCUGUUCGACCGGAUCAAGGACACCCUAUCUCCUGGAGGCGAGUAA